UUUAUAAUUAAUAAUACAUUUAGUAGUGUCACUUUUUCUAUCUUUAAUUUUUGUUAGGUAGAUCCAAACACAAUAAAUAAAGCUUCCUCAACUAUUAUUGCUUUCAAAUAUGUUUGCCAAAGUGCUUUAAUUUAUAUAUAUAGCUUUCAAUCUUCUUCUAAAUAUCACCAUUAGUGUUCUAGUGCCUUGGAGUUUUUGUCAUCAAUUUCAAGAGAAAUUUUAACUCUUUCAGAUGGAAACAAGUGCUCCAAAUGUAAAUGUCUUGAAUUUUAGUUCUGCUUCUUUCUGUUGUGGAACGGACGAAUGCGAUUUUCGAUGGAUCGGAGGCUUUCGCCCUUCUAAAAUUUUGCAGGUUAUGUUGCCACAACUUGAAGAUUCAUGUAAUUCCCAGGAACAAGUGUGUGAUAUUAUAAAGUUUGGAAAAUCAUGUGAGGAAGCAGAAUAUGCUCUUUCACAAGGCAUGGAAAAACUGCAUCAACUGCAUGCCAAAGCAACAGCAGCAGGUGACAAGGGAUCUCAACUGAUUUUUGUCUCUCAAAUGGUUAGCUUUCUAAAGCAGGCUAAUUAUGUUCGUCAAGAAUUCUUGCAUCAAUUCUCUCGUUUCGUUACAGUUUCCCAACAAGCUCAAAUUUUACUUGCCUUGGGGAUUAAGCUUUCCCAAGAUAUCUGAACAAUACUUUCUUUGUUUUCCUUUUAAUUGUCACUAUGAAAAUUUGGUGCAUCAUUGCCGAAUAUUCAGAUGCACUACUAUUCUAAAAAUGCACCAAAUUUUUAUAGUGAAAGAUAAAAAAAGAAAAAUGGAAAGAGCAGUGUAAUAUCAACCAAUAAAUAUUGAAUCCAAAUAAAAAUUAAUGUAUCUUGUUUGUAAUGCAAAACAAAAUAUUAAGGUUAUAAUAUUAGAGAAUUUUAAGUUAAA